ACAAAGAAACAAAAAGCAAGUCACUGCUAACAACCUACCCCGUUUUUGCUCUCCCCAUCAAUCUUAACACAUCCAAAUUAUGGUUUGUCUGAAAAGUGAAAUCUGAAAUACCCAUUUAGCUAAACCAACCCAGAAAGUCAGAGAAACACAUAAAAACAACAGUAAACUCACAUAAAACAAAAACAUAAUCUUUUUGUGUUUUUUGUUUUUGUUUGUGUCAUUUUCUCAGUUCCCUCCAUUCUCCACCACCUACAGUUUCUGUCAAGAAAUAGUCCUGCUCCUAAAGAUCAAGUUUUGAGAGAGAGAGAGAGAGAGAUUGACUCAUGUAUGAACCUGAGGAAACAAAAACAAUGUGAGAGAUAAGAGGGAUAGAGAGAGAGAGAGAGAGAGACAGAGACAGAGACAGAGUUCUUAGGAUGAGCAAAGAAAACAUUGGCAUUGUGAAGGCCUGGGAAGCAACAGUGCGGAAAUCACAAGCUAUUGCAAAGAAAAGAACACCCAUGUCUGUAGCACAUGCUGAUGAUGAUGAUGAGCCUGAUGCAGCAGGUCCAUGCCAUGCCUACCAUGCUGAGAGGGUACUCUCCAAUGGGGACUUCUAUACAGGCCAAUGGAUUGACAAUUUCCCACAUGGACAUGGUAAGUACCUCUGGCCAGAUGGGUGCAUGUAUGUUGGUGAAUGGUACAGAGGCAAGACCAUGGGGAAAGGUAAGUUUAGUUGGCCUUCUGGUGCCACCUAUGAGGGUGAGUUCAAGACUGGUUAUAUGGAUGGUAGAGGGACUUAUACUGGUUCAUCUGGGGACACAUAUAGAGGUUAUUGGGUGAUGAACUUGAAGCAUGGACAUGGGACUAAAAGCUUUUCCAAUGGAGAUUACUAUGAGGGUGAAUGGAGGCGUGGAUUGCAAGAUGGACAAGGGAGGUACCAAUGGAAGAAUGGGAACCAUUAUAUUGGGCAGUGGAGAAAUGGGGUUAUGAAUGGGAAUGGUACAAUGAUUUGGAGCAAUGGGAACAGGUAUGAUGGGUGUUGGGAAGAUGGUUGGCCUAAAGGGAAUGGGACUUUUAGGUGGCCAGAUGGGAGUUUUUAUGUGGGGGUUUGGAGUAAGGAUACUACUGACCAAAAUGGAAGUUAUUAUCCAUCAAUUAAUUCUAAUGGGAAUUUGGAUUGGGACCCCCAAGAGGUUUUUGCAGUGGAUUUGAAUGAUUGCCAGAUUAGUCCUGGGGAGAAAGUGUCCAUUUUUCCUUCUCAGAAGAUGGUGAAUUGGCCUGGUCUUGAAGGGGAGCUCUUCCAGAAGAGGAAAGGUUAUGAUGCGAGUGUCAGGCCUAGGAGGGAGUCCAUGGAUGGAAUGUUAAAUGAUUAUUUUUGGGGGAACGGUGAGGCUGGCAGUGUCAAUGGAGUUGAGGGAUUGGGGAAUCUUCAGCAUGAGGAGUCUGUUAAGAAAGGGAAUGUAUCACAACUGUUAAGACUAAAGCCGGUGAAAAGACCGGGGGUGACAAUAUCUAAAGGGCAUAAGAACUAUGAGCUCAUGCUCAAUUUGCAGUUAGGAAUCAGUAUCCUCAGGGUUUUAGCUUACAAGUUACAACGAUCAUCCACUUUAGUUUGUAGCAAAGGUUUCACUCACAGACAUUCUGUUGGAAGGCCUGCUCCAAAGACAACCCUUGAUUUGAGGGCUUCAGCCUUUGAUCCCAAGGAAAAAGUAUGGACAAAAUUUCCACCAGAAGGAUCCAAGCACACUCCCCCUCAUCAGUCGUGUGACUUCAAAUGGAAGGACUACUGCCCAGUUGUUUUCAGGACUCUUAGGAAGUUGUUCAAGGUAGAUCCAGCAGAUUACAUGUUAUCACUUUGUGGGAAUGAUGCCCUACGGGAGCUCUCAUCCCCUGGAAAAAGUGGAAGCUUUUUCUACUUGACCAAUGAUGACCGGUACAUGAUAAAAACCGUGAAGAAAGCGGAAGUAAAAGUGCUCUUACGGAUGCUCCCAGCUUACUACAAUCAUUUCCGGGCCUUUGAGAAUACUCUAGUCACAAAGUUUUAUGGUCUUCAUUGUGUCAAACUGACAGGAGCUGCCCAGAAGAAGGUUCGAUUUGUCAUAAUGGGAAACCUGUUCUGCUCUGAGUAUGCAAUUCACAGGCGGUUUGAUUUGAAAGGUUCUUCCCAUGGCCGUACAACUGAUAAACCUGAUGCAGAGAUUGAUCCAACAACCACCCUUAAGGACCUUGAUCUCAAUUAUAUAUUCAGGUUGCAGAAAGUUUGGUUUCAAGAGUUCUGCAGGCAAGUGGACAGGGAUUGCGACUUUCUUGAACAGGAGAGGAUUAUGGACUACAGUCUAUUGGUUGGUCUUCACUUCCGAGAAACUUCAACUAGGGAGUGCCUCACGCCUAGAAGCCGUACCUCUGGAAACGGAGACUUUGACAAUGAAGGAACGCCUCAACUUUCUAGAAUAGAUAUGGAUCAGCUUCUUUUGGAUCCUACCCGGUGGGCAUCCAUUAAAUUAGGUAUAAACAUGCCAGCACGGGUUGAGCAGACAGUCAGAAGAAGUGACUAUGAUACUCAGCUGGUUGGAGAACCAACAGGACAAUUAUAUGAUGUUAUCCUUUUCUUUGGUAUAAUUGACAUACUACAAGACUAUGAUAUUAGCAAAAAGCUUGAGCAUGCAUACAAAUCAUUCCAAUACGACCCAACUUCAAUCUCUGCUGUUGAUCCUAAGCAAUACUCAAGACGCUUUCGUGAUUUCAUCUUCAGAGUUUUUCUAGAAGACACUUGAAACUAUAGAGGUUGACCCAUAUUUUUCAAUUUUCAGCUUGUGGCCAUCCGUGUACAGUUGGUUUUCGAAGGAAAUGACAUUACUUAACAGAAAGAGGUUACUUAUAUUUUGGCCAUUGACAUGCUCAUUGGAUUGGAGGGUGUUUUGUGGUUGCAAGAGAUACAUGCUUUGUAACAUUCUGCAUUGCAAUUUUCCCCUCAUCAUCUUUUCAAAUUAUAGUUACAAAAGUAUGAUAUGUUCAAGGUAUAGAUUAAAGUUUUAACCAGAGCUUUUUAGCCUCUUCCAAUUGUAAAUGAAUUAACAAAAGGGUGAAAUCUAUAUUGGAAUCAAUUCUUUUUGUAUCCAAAUUUUUCUAUAAGGUGAGGAGUCUUCUG